AUGCCACGACGCGCUCGAGUGCAUUAUGCACCGAUCAAAUCCUCGCUCGUCAACCUUCCCAUCUCCAUCUACGGUCCUCUCUUGGAGCGAAAUGUCCGUCCGCAAUCUCUUGCCAUACACCUCUCCCCCUCGCCUUCCCCCGCCUCCAAAUCCCAGUCCCAGUCCCAGUCCAAGAACCCCAAUGGCGUCUACGUCGGAUGGACAGGCAUGCCCUCCGCUUCAUCCCUCGCGCACUUCCAGUCUCAAGCAGCUGCAUCGGGUGACGACCGCGGUCUAGAGACCAUCGAGCUUGACCCGCAGUACGCCGUGGCCCUCGGCUUCGCGCAGGACGAUGUCGUCGAGGUUGGCCUCAUCCAUGAUCUCUCGCCUGCGAAGCGCGUCGGCACUGUGCCUGUUGGCGUAGAUGACUGGGAGAUCAUCGAGAUUCAUGCAGCGCACCUUGAGACAGCGUUAUUGUCUCAGGUGCGCGUCGCGUCUGUUGGGCAGGAGGUGGAUGUUUGGGUGCAGGGACGGACGAGGGUGCGGUUGAGAGUCGAGUCUAUUGAUCCGCCACCACCCUCCCGUUCACCUGCUGCUCUGCUGAGUACCGAUACCGAAGUCUCUGUCGCUCCUCUCUCCCGUAACGCCGCCAAGAAGCCUAAGCCCAAGGCCGUGUCUCAGCCAGAUGGCAAAGGGGAUGAGAACAAGUCCAAAGGGAAGGAAGACACAGCGAAGAAACACCCUCCUCAAAUCCUUCGCAUACUACCCUUGCGUCUCAUCCCCGCUCUUGGCUCACCCACGACCCCAGAAGCAUCUGCUUCUACAGGCCCGCGAAUACCCCAACCUCUUCACCCGACGAUUCCCUCCACCCCCUCAGCACCGAUAGACGCAUACAUCUCACCGCACACCCUCGCCGACUUACUCGCGUGUGACUAUCCGCCCCCACGCGAAAAGGCGACACGGAAGGAAGCGAAAGACAGGGGUGCAUUGGAGGAGGGCGUGUGGGUGGCUGCGACGCACGAUGUGAUCCCGAGUCAUGUUGUGUUUCUGGGGCCGCUGGAGGGUGAGAUGGAGGAGUGGGAUUUGCUUCAGUGCGUAUAUGCUUCGUAUAUUCACUUCGUCAUUCAUUUCUCAUCCUCGUUCUGCAGCGCAACUGCAACAGGCGACCGUCAUGGGUUGAUCGGCGUUGAUGAGCAGCUGCGUGACUGCUUCGAGACGGCCAUGGCGUGUCUUGCAUUAGGCGCUUCGACGAGCAAACGCAUGCGCGGAGUGCCGGGCAUGCUCAUCACCGGCCGCGCUGGCACGGGCAAGACGAGUUUUGCGAACGCUGUUGCGAGAGCAGUGCAAGAGGACGGGCGGACGUUGGCUUACGUGCAUAAGAUCGAUUUGGAGGCGUAUGCGUCAAAGCCGGUGAAGGCACUAAAAGAACUGUUCCACUACGCGUACGCAAAGGUGGCGUGGCAUCGCCCGGCCGUGCUUGUGUUUGAGAAUGUGGAUAAGGUCAUGGGUGCUGAGAAGGAGAACGAAGACUCCUUCCGGACACGCAACAUCACCGAGCUCUUCGUCGCCCAGUUCAGCAGCACCGCACGGCAGUUCGCGCCCGACACGCGCGGGAUCGUCAUGCUCGCGACGGCACAGAGCCACGCGGGCGUGCACCCGCUCCUAAGCACGAAGCACCUCUGGCGCGGCGUGUGGGCGCUCAUGCCGCCCGGGCGGGACGCGCGGAAGGCUGUGAGCCUCUUCUCUUCUCUUCCCUUUCCUCCGCCCUCUCUGGGACAUCUGAUCGAGAAGCGGCUGAAGCACGCGCCGAGUCUGAGGCAGGACGAGCAGGAUCCGCCGAACGUGUCGUUGGUGGCGUCGGCGACGGAGGGGUUUGCGCCUGCGGAUCUGGAUGAUCUGGUGGGCAGGGCGGUGCAUCAGGCUGCGAUGCGUGCUGUGGCGGUGCGUGCGGAGGUGGCUGGUGAUGUCGUUAAUGGGCAGACGCCAGGAACGGCGCUGAGCGCCGCGGACUUUGUCAGCGCGCAGAAAGAUUUUGUCCCGCUCUCGCUGCGCGACGUGCCGCUGCAGAAGUCCGAUGUCGAGUGGGCGGACGUCGGCGGGCUGGGAAAGACGAAGCGCGUGCUGCGCGAGACGAUCGAGUGGCCGACCAAGUACGCGGUCGUGUUCAGGCAGUCGCCGCUCAGGCUGCGGAGCGGGAUCAUGCUCUACGGCUACCCCGGGUGCGGCAAGACGAUGCUCGCGAGCGCCGUCGCGAAGGAAUGCGGGCUCAAUUUUAUCAGCGUCAAGGGCCCCGAGUUGCUCAACAAGUACAUCGGCGCGUCUGAGCAGUCUGUCAGGGAUAUAUUUGAGCGCGCGACGUCGGCGAAGCCGUGCGUGCUGUUCUUUGACGAGUUUGAUUCGAUUGCGCCGAAGCGAGGGCACGACAGCACGGGUGUGACGGACCGGGUGGUGAACCAGAUGUUGACGCAGAUGGAUGGGGCAGAGGGGUUGGAAGGUGUUUAUGUGCUUGCUGCUACGAGUCGACCGGACCUCAUCGACCCUGCGCUCCUCCGGCCCGGACGUUUAGACAAGUCCCUCUUGUGCGAUAUGCCCGACGAAUCCGACCGUAAAGAGGCAAGUCCUUCGCUCCUCAGCCUUAUCCUGGAAGCUGUCAGCCGCAAAGUGGCUACCGACGCCUCGGUCGACCUUGGCGAGAUCGCGGCGCAGACGGAGGGAUACUCAGGCGCGGACCUGCAGGCGCUCGUGUACAACGCGCAUCUCGCCGUCGUGCACGCUGCGAUUGCCGAGCAGCCCAAGGUGUCGAGGUCGGCUGGGGCUGGGGACAAGCCUGCGCUCAAGUUCGUCAAGAUGGGAGGGAAGGACGGUGGGAGUGCCGGAGUGAAGAUGUCGAAGGCGGAUGAGCGGGUUAUUCAGGAUAGGCUCGAACGCAUCAGGGCGGCCUCGAGGGGCGAGCAGAUGGGGAAGAAGGUCGCUGUUGCGUCUGGGGCAGCCGCUAGGCAGCAUGAAGUAUCACAAGCUCAUCUGCUCGAGGCACUCAAGACGACACGGCCGUCUGUCGCUUUCGAGGAGCAGGCGCGUCUGCGGAGAAUAUAUCAGGAGUUCACGUCUGAGCGAGGAGGGAAGCUGCCUGCGCCGCCAACGGAGCAGGGGGUGGGAAGCCGAUCAUCUUUGAUGUAA